AGUCUUUUAAUUUACUAUAAAUAAUGAUGGUACUUUAUCUGCAAAACAAAUUAUGUAGUUUAAUGAUAGUAAUAAAUAAAUUUUUGAUUUUUUAGUUAUUGUGUUUAAAAAUUCUUACACAUUGAUUUUUUCAUCUACUUUUUCUGUUGAGGUACACAAUAUACGUACAAAUUAAUUGAUAACCCAUUUACCAACUCCUUGCUCUAAACAAACUUAGCUUAAAUAAGAUUUAAACUAUUUAUAUGUAUUUUGCAGCUUUCAAAUUAAUGUGUUUAUCAAAAAAACACUUUAAUUUAGUAACUUUUUUAAAAUAAAUCAAUUUAUUUAUUCUGGCUUAAAAGAUGUUUAGAAUUUGUACCAAGAUAUUUUUGCUCUCCUUUUAUAUAAAAACAUUAUUCUAGUUUAAAUAAAUGAAAAUUAAUCUUAGUUACUAGAUUUUUUUUCAAACUUAGAUAGUCCUAUGAUCUAUAAUAUCGAUUUCAUUUAUUUAGACUAAUAAAAAUAUAAAACACAGUCAAUAAAAAUAUAGUGUUAUAGCCAUACAAACAUAUUUGAUAUCUAUUACAAGAUAUAAGAUAAUAAUAUAAAAACCAAUAAUGUACUUUUAACAUAUUCCUAACAAGAAAAUAACUUCAAUAACUAAGAAAAUGUAUUAGAUACUUAAUAUAAAGUUUAUUUAUAGGGUUUUAAUUUAACUAAAUAUAUAAUUAAAAUGAACUUAUAGAACACAGACCUUGUGCCAUUAAAUUUAUACUAUGAAAUUUUCACUUCUAAAUCUAUUCUAGAAUAUUAAUUCAAAUUAGCUGAGAACAAUGAUUAAAAAAAAGGUUUUGCUAACUUAAAUUCUAAUUACUUUAUCCUUUCUUAAUUUUAAAACCUAAAUUUUCAAACUAUUUCACUUAAAAUUAGUUCAACUUAAGAAGAUUUAACUCUUAAUCCAUUUAAAAAUAUAUAAAAAAUCAUAUUUAAUGAUAUAGAUUUUACAUUUUACAAUUAAACAUCUUCCCUUGAUAUUAGCUAUUUAAAAACAGUAUUAUUAGAUGAUAUAUAGAUAAAAGAUGGGAUACUAUAAAGGUAAUCUUGCGCAAUAAGAUUUAGUAAUGUGUAAAAUAUUCUGAUAAAAAAUUUGACAAUUUAAAGUAUGAAAAUUUAUAAUUCAAGUCUUUUCUUAUUUGAAGAUAUAAAUAAUUUAGAAAUCUUAAACUUAAAUAUAAUUAACUCAUCAAUCGAUUUUUCUCUUUUUAUUUUUAUAAACUGCUAAUUUAUUAAUAUCUAAAACCUGAAUGUUCGUUCAACAAAUAUUAUUUCAGGGAGUCUUUUAUCAUUCUUGAAAUGCUAAUAUAUCUAAUUUACAGACUUAAUAUUUAGUAGUUUGUUUAAAUAAAAUAUUCAUGAUAAAAUAAGAUUUGUUAAAACAGAAAAACACUUACAAAGUUAAAAUCUCACUACUCAAAUAUUAAAUUUCUAAGGUUGUUAAAAUGUUAGUUUAAAUAAUAUUAGUUUUGAAAAAAUUCAAGACCUAACUUUGACUUAAGUAAGUCAUUAUUCUUAUUAAGAUGAACUAUAAUAUUAUAGCAGUCUGUUUUAAAUAAAAAAUUUAACUGCAAGCUAAAUUAAAAUAUAAAAUGAUGGAAUUACUGUUAAUUAAAUAUUUAGUAUAAAUUCCAUACAAGCAUUAUUAUCAAAUAUAACUUUGAAAGAUAUUAGUAGUAAUACAAAUCUUAUAAAUUUUAAUGCUCAAAAGCAAGGAAUAAUUGUAAAUUCAUAAUUUUAAAAUAUUAAUUUAUUUGGCGGAAGCAUAAUUAAUGUGAUAGAUGGUUAAAUUACUUUAAUUUUGAGCAACUUUACUUUUGUGAAUUCAUCUAAUUCUCCUUGUGCUAUUAAUGUUUAGUAAGCAAACUAAGUGUUAAUUAUAGAAACAAGCUUCAAAAAUUUAAGAAACUAAAAGUUUAUUAAUGAAGAUUAAAUAGAUCCAUAAUUAAGUUACUAAGGUGGAGCUAUUAAAAUUAAAGAUUACUAAAACUUUACAAUGUAAUUUUGCUUAUUUUUCAACUGCUCUGCUCUCUAUUCUGGAGGAGCAGUUCAUGUUUCUCAAGCUUAGUAGCCAUCAUUCCUUAAUAUUUUAGACACUCAUUUUUUAGAAAAUACAUCUCAAAAAGGUCAAGGUGGAGCAGUUUAUUUAUCUUUUGUAAAAGGGAUAAAUAUAAAAAAAUCUAAUUUUGAGAGUAAUUCAGCUAUUGAAUAAGAAGGAGGAGCAAUAUAUUUUGAGCAUUGUGACUUAAAACAAUUUUCAAACUCUAUUUUUAAAUCAAAUUAAGCAUAUAUAGGAGGAUCUAUAUACUAUACAUAAACUAAUUCGCCAUUUUUGAAGUAUUAAAACUUUAUGAAAAACAAUAUUCUCUUUCAAAAUAACACAGCUCAGUUUUACGGAAAAAACAUAGGAUCAAUUCCUUUCUGGAUAGGAAUUUCGUAACAUCCAGACAAUAAAUUUCUUAAAAUAGUUGAUUAAUUUCAUAUAAAUAGCAUAUCUAGUGGGAAUUACUUACGUUCUUCUAUAUACUUAAAUUUUAUUGAUGAAGAGAAUAAUCCCUUAAAUUUCACAGGUAUGCAAGAUAUGGAUACCAAUAAUGAAAAAAGCUCAUUUUAACUCCAGCUUUAUGCAUAAAAUAACAGCCAAAUAAUUAUAUAGUAAGGUUUUUAUGCAAUAUUAAAUUAAACAUUAGGGAUGUUUGAGUUAAAUUUCUAAUCAGUAUACAAAAUCUCUCAGAAUUAAAGCAUAUUUUUAAUUUCAAAUGCCUUAGAUAAUUAAGGAACAUAUCUUAAAGUCAAAUUAAAUUUGUAAUUUAGAGACUGUGAAAUAGGUGAAAUUGUACAAGAGAGCAAUCAAUUCAUUUAAUGUAUUGAGUGUCCCUAAGGCAAAUAUUCUUUAAAAUAACCAGAUAUGUAAAAGAAAUAACAGCUUUAAUGUAAUUUAUGCCCUUAACAAGCUUAUUUUUGUUAAGGAAAAGAAAUAAAAAUAAAAGACGGAUUUUGGAGAGAAAGCAAUUUAACUGAUAAUAUUCUUGCAUGCAAAUUAUAAAGUUGCUCAUUUGACAAUUCGUAAAACAAAAAUGGCUGCUUAUAGGGAUAUGUAGGUCCUAUUUGUAAUAGUUGUGAUACCAAAGGAGAAAUAUGGGGUGAAUAAUAUGGAUUUAAAAAUAAUCAAUGCUUCCCUUGCAGCUCAAGUAAGUUAUAGAUAAUUUAUUUUGUCAUUUACUUACUAUGCUAUUUUGUGUAUAUAUCAUAUACUUAGUAUAAAAUUAGAAAAACUAAGAUUCUGAUUUACCAGCUUUAAGUUUUUAAAAAAAUUGAUCUUCUUGUAACAAGUAAGUUAAGCUCUUCUUCUAGUAGUGAUCUUUCUAUUUUGUUUAAGCUUUUUAUAAAUUACAUAUAAAUUCUUUCUUGUACGACAGAAUUAAAUUUUAAUAUACCGCAGUUUUUUAACAUAACUAUCAAUAUUUUUGGUGAUCCAAUUAAGACUUCUAUAAAAUCAUUAGAUUGUCUUACUAAAACUAGUGAUAGGUAUCCUAUAUGGGUUCAUAGGAUUCUAGUAUAGCUAUUCAACAUGGUGAUUUUAUAGGUGUUGAUAAACUUGAGCCUAUAUUUAAUUUAAAGGAAUAAAUAUAACAAAAAAGAGAAAGCAAUAAAAGAUUUGCCAUAAAUAAUAAAGAUGACAUCAAUACUUACCUACCUCUUCUUUCAACCUUCGUUUACCAAAAUAUUGAUUGAAGGUUUAUUCUGCAUAAAGAUCAAUGAUUAAUAUUAUUUAAUAUCUGAUUACACUUAAAGCUGCCAUUAAUAUUACUAUUUUCUUUAUGAGCUAGCAUUUGUAGGUCCUUUGAUGCUAAUUUGGUGCUUUUUGAUACCUUUGAGAUUAUUUUUUAAGUUGAGACAAUUUUAAUUGAACUAAAAAUCAAACAUUGAAGAAAGCUAAAAUAUAAAAAAUAUUCUUGCAUAUGGAGUAAUGUAUCAUGGAUAUAAAAAUAAAUAUUUAUAUUGGGAAAUAGUUAAAAUAUUCUUAAAAUUUAUUUUAAUGGUGGUCAUAUAUAUAAACUAAUCUAAUUAAAUUAAGGCAGCUAUAAUCAUAAUCGUACUUAUUGCUUACACAUAUUUACUUCAACUUGUUAAACCUCAUAAGAAUAUAAAACUAUAAAACACUGAAAAAAUUUUUAUGUUUAACUUAAUGAGCAUAUUUGCUUUACUUCAAAUAAUAAUAAACGAUGAUACUAAUAAUUAAACAUUUGCUCUUGUGAGUAAAAUAUAUAUAAUCCUUUUGAAUCUUAUAGUCAUUAGAACUUUAAUUUUAAAUAUUCUUGAUUGGCAUCAAAUUUAAAUAAAUGAGAUAGAUUCCUUUUUAAACAAGUUCAAGAGAUUAAUAUUUAAAAUAUAAUAGAAAUUUCCCAAUUAGUUGAAAUUCUUAAAGUUUAAAUAAGUUAAAAUUAUUAGAAUUCACAAGUUAUGGAAAAAAGUUAUUUUAGUAUUCAGGAAUAAACAUUUCAUAAAUGGCUAAUAAUUUACCAAUUCAAAUAUUUUUCAUAACUAAUAAAAUAAUAUAAGCAUAGAUAAUAAAAUAAACCAUAAUAAUAUAUUUAAGCCUGACUAAAGAACAAAAGAUCGUUAAUCUAAAUAGUAAGUAGAGCAAGAAAUUUAAUUGCAAAAUGUCACUCAAAACUAAAUAAAAUUAAAAGAUCAUGAAAAGAUCAUGACUACUUCUUAAUUAACUCUUUGCACUGAAAAUAUGCAUGCUAACUAAAAUUUAUUCAAAGCUACUACGCCUCAAAAUUUAACUUUUAGAACAAAAGAAGAACUGGUAUAAAGUUAAACAAUCAGCUCAGAAGCAAGUAGGCUAAAUCUUCCAUAAUCUUUCUUUGAAACUUUAUCUAAAAAUAUGAACAACAACCAGAUAGAGAAAAUUUCAAAAAAAAAAAGAGUAUCUUUAAGAUUAUUUAGCUAAAGUUGAUAAACUUCAUUUUUAUUCAGUUUUAUUUGAAUAAAUUUUAAUGUUAUGUUAAAAUAUCCAAAAUUCUUAAACAACUAAAAAUAAUUGUCCAUCACUUUAAAAAAUAAUUGAAAUUUAUCAAUUUUAAUAUCUCAUAAAAUUUAAAGAAUUUAAUUUUAUUUGUUCUUUCACUUACAAAUAUCAUCCAACCAACAACACGGAUUAAAUAAAUAAUAUAGGGAUAUAUUAGUGAACAAGUAAGUUAAUAUUUUAAAUUAUAAAACACUAAAGUUUCAUCAUAUUAUAUAAUAAUUUUUUAAAGCAGUACUUACUUUAUGAAAAAAUAAUAGAUUAUAUUAUAAAUAUUGAGUAUGAUUUGUUUUAUUACAUAUUAUUUGAUUAAUUUUUAUUUAAAUAUCAUAGAUUUUUGUAUGCAUCAUUUACUUGAGUAUGUAUACCCUAAAUACUCAUUAAUUCCUACUAUUUCCUCCCCAAACUCUAAUAUACAAUAAUAGCGAUAAUUAUAAUUAAUUUAUUUA